UUUGUAAUACAUCAAGGCUUUAUGCAGGAACAGAUGGCCUAUGUGGCUUUAGAAGAUGCUUACGUAGCUUAGAAACGUGGUCAGCCAAACCAUGGGCAAAAAGCAGAUGUUUGCGUGUUUUCUGCUUUUCACGUCGGUGACAUUGCUAAACGGUUUAUUUAGAUCCAAAAAUAGCAGUUCAAGAACACUGGACAUCAGAAAGUUUCUAAAAACUAAGGAUGUUAUAUGGACUUACAAUACGACCACAGCGGAAUAUACAAUGUGUAAAGCGGACCAUAUGAAGAGUAUCUCAAACAAAACAAUUUUCUUCACACGAUCCUUUUAUUGCGACGAGAAGAUGCAUAGGACUGUUAAGAACCUGGAAGGACUGUUCAGAAAGCAACAAAAAGACGUCAUGCAGAUCUUCAACCGAGGGUCAUCCAUGCCCAUAGAUCAUGACGACUAAAGCAUGACACCGACGCAGUGGCGAUGGAAUGACGAAAAAGGAAUCAUAUUGAUAGACGAAAAAGUUUCUGUAACGACAGCGGCAUCACGAGAAUAAAAUGUCGAUUCUUAAAUUAUUGUCAUGGUGUAACAGCAGAGUGACCACCACGACAUGAGGCCCAUGAAAUGACCACUAUGGUAUCACGACAACCGGGUGAAGAAGACGGAAUGACGCCGAUGGCACAACCACGGCAGCCAGACGACGACGGUAUGAUAGGAUACAUGAUAGCGUCUGUCUGAAGACCAUGCGAUGACGAUGAUGGCAUAAAAACGGCAGCAUCAACGCGGAUGAAUGACUCAUCGCAAUCACGAUGGACUCGGGAACAAGAAAUGACGCCGAUGGAUCUACGGUGGUGGUAUGACGAGGAGGCGAUGAUGACAAUUGGAUGACGUUACUGAAGUGAUGACGAUGGUGAUCCGACAGCGUGGCGACGAUCGCAUUAUGAUAACUGUAUUACGAUGACUGUGUGACGCCGAUAGCUGCCGAUGACGGCACGACGGCAAUAGAAUAACGAAGUAACAAUGGUGGUUAUGUAAUGACCGCGACGGCAUACCGACGAAGGUAUGGCAACGAAUGCAUAACGAUGACUGUAUGAC